AUGGUCAGCAAUAGAAUCGGGAAGCAAGUAUACUUACUGCGUUUGUCACGACGUUCUUUGUCUGGCCUGUCCGUGAUCCGGCGUCACACUCUGGCGCUCUCGGACGUCGCACCAUGGCCGCUUCUGCUUGGCACCUCCGUCGGCUCCUUUCCACGCCCCGUAUCCUUCUUGGGAGUGGCGGCGACGGCAGUCUCAGUGGAUUUCUUCUGCGGCCUGGCACUGUGGUUGCUGUUGUUACGGAGAGAGUUCUCGUCGAGCUCGGCCAUGGGGUUGCGCCUGUACGGAGACUGCUCGUUCUUCCUGGACGAGCUCCGGCUGAGCAUCGGCGUCGGCCCCGCCGCACCAGCAUUCUCAUUCCCGGACGCGGCCAUCCUCACGGGAGAGCUCGAUCUCGGCGACGCGCACCUCUUCCCCGACGCGGCCGUGGCCGACGGCGCGCGCGCCUUCUCCCUCGCGGGCACGAACACCAUCUUCCCGGGCUGCUGCUGCCACGCGCGGUCACCGCUGCCGGAGCCCGCCGUGGCCACAGAAGUCGCAACGCCAUCCGCGCGUCUCCCGAGGGACCGACUGGCCCUCCGGCUCCCGCUCCUGGUACCGCUCCUCUCCCGGCUGUCCGACCGCUUCCGCUGCGGCGAGCCCCGGUGCGGCGACGGCCUGGACAUAUUGCGUGUGUAA